CUGAUGCUCGAUCCUCACCCCACCGCGAAUAUGAGUUCCGAUAACAAUAUGACGUCGCUAUCAGCAUACAGUGCGGUUGUCGCUCUAGCACUGCCUUUUGUCGCAAUUGGAUUUGUUGAUCGGGGUUGGAAUCUCCUCAAAAGCGGGACGCGAACUGCGCGGACCACAUUUCGACCAGCGGAAGGGAAGUGCAUCAGAAGAGAAUGGGCAGCCCUCGCCGACGGCCCGUUACAUACCUGCUCCACACCUGGAUCUGCUCAAUGUCAUCAGAAUCCACAUGUCAGGGGCCCGCGAUGUUGGGAACAGGGCUUUGAGCUGGUGUUGAAUAACUGGAAGACCACAUCGGGGUUGACGUUCGAGAAUAAGCCACCAAAACUACCCCUUACUAAGGAGUUCGUUCAGAUUGACUUUAAAAUGCUCAUCGCAUUCAUUCUGAUGACGAAUGAUGUGUCAAUUGACAUCCAAACUGUUGAUCCUGGAUUGUUGGUCUUGCACUCCACAUCGCAACUGCAAAGGGUGCUCACGAAAGACUACGUCGAUCGCCUGUUAGAUUCAAUGCAGGGUUAUCCACCUCUCCUGCGCGACCCAAAAGGCAUCACCGUUCUCAAGCCCGGUGACCAAAAUCGGGGUGGCUGGGUAGCCGCGCUUGGCUUGGACGCGAAUUAUCAUCAGGACAGGACAUUUCUUUGGUUCUAUUACGACUGUGUCACCUACGUUGACAACACAUUUGGUGACAAACGAGGAAGGGUCUUCUGGCGCUCUAUGGACCGGGUUCGAGAGAUUCUCGGGAACAUGUUCGCGAUAGCGUUCGCGGAGGACGUAGGGGCGAAACAGGACAUCGAUUGCGCCAUCAAGGCGCUGGAUUAUAUCCGAAAGAGGGAAACAGAGAGCGGUGUCGAAAACUUCUUCAAGAUUACUAACCCAAGGGCAGCGUUACAGCUAAGCGACCAAACUAAAAUCAUCGCCUUGUUCAAUGGUCAUCCACUCCUCGCUACCAGAGAUGAGCCGCUCUUUCGCACCGAAUGGGCGCCGCUGUUGCACUACGUGCUUGUUGCGGCAGUGAUAGGGUCGAAAAGGUGCAUUGCAUAUUUUAAGAAUCCAAAGCAUGAAAUAGAUUGCUUGUUACCUGUAGACAAGUUUAAAACAGCAACGUUAUACCUAAGAGGAUGCUAGAUUAUAAUAUGAAUUGUCAUUAUGG